AUGCAAGUUAGUUUUACUGAAGCAAGUGUAGAAGCAAAUACAAGCAGGGGAAUAAUGGAUUUCGUUGUCACUUGUACCGCUACCAUUUCUUCUACAGAUGUGGAGGAGGAGUAUGAAUGGAACUCUUUCUAUACCUCUUUUAAGACUGAACAACUGGUUACACUUUGGAUUUUGUUUAUAUUCAUCAUAGUUGGAAAUUCAAUUGUUCUCUAUUUAACCUGGAAAGAAAGAGUUCGGAACAGGAAAUCUCGUAUGACUUUCUUCGUCACACAACUAGCCAUCACAGACUGUCUUACAGGAUUUGUAAAUACAAUGACUGACAUCAUUUGGAGAUUUACUGGUGAUUUCAUGGCCCCAGACUUUGUCUGCAAAAUUGUGCGCUACAUGCAGGUGGUCCUCCUUUAUGCUUCUACCUAUGUGCUAGUGUCGCUCAGCAUUGACAGAUACCAUGCCAUUGUCCACCCAAUGAAGUUUCUUCAAGGAGAAAAACAAGCAAAAAUUCUAAUAGCAGUUGCAUGGACUCUGUCGUUCCUAUUUUCAAUUCCCACACUAAUUAUUUUUGGGAAAAUCAAACUUUCCAAUGGAGAAGUACAAUGCUGGGGUCUAUGGCCUGAUGAUUCGUAUUGGAAACCUUACAUGACAAUUGUAGCUUUCCUGGUGUAUUUUAUCCCUUUGAUUAUUAUAAGUGUGAUUUACUUCAUCGUAAUAAGAACUAUAUGGGUAAAGAGCAAAGCGCAUGCAGUGAUCAUUUCCAACUGUACUGAUGGAAAUUUGUGUACUAGUUACAGUCAACGAGGGCUCAUAUCUAAAGCCAAAAUGAAAGCCAUCAAAUACAGCAUGGUAGUUAUUCUUGCUUUUAUACUAUGUUGGGGUCCAUACUUCAUGUUUGACAUUCUGGACAAUUUUGACAUGAUACCUGAAACCAAAGAACGAAUAUAUGCAUCAGUGAUUAUUCAAAAUCUACCCGUUUUAAACAGUGCAAUUAACCCACUCAUUUAUUGCAUAUUCAGCAACAAACACUGCCGCAUUUCCAGAGACAGAAGUUCAAGAAACCUUGGUGGCACUCUCCGAGACAAAACCGAAGGAGUGGAAAUGCAAGUUGUAUCUAGACCAGAAUACAUCUAA